AUGAUGAUUGGCUCAACUGAAACCCCCAAAGAUAUUGAAUGGGACAGCUUUGUGCAGCCAAAUUUGGCUGUUAUGGAUACAAGCACAGCUCAUUUGCUCUCGCAGAUAACAUUUUUACAUAAUGAGGUUGAACGACUUGAAAAUCAACUGAGUAGCAUGCGUUUAAAAGCAAUGAAAGAGGUGAAAGAAGUGGCUUCUCACUAUGACCAUAUUAUUGAGCAAAAAGACUCAGAGAUUACCGAAUGGCGGGCAAGAAUUGGACUACGAAAAACUGAAGUUGAUCUUUCCAAACGGUGUGCCAAUUUAGAGAAGCAACUGGCUGUAGCAAAUGCUGAGAAAAGCACCUUGAUCAUGGAGAAGAACGACAUCCAAUCUAAGGUGCGGAAACUAGAAUCCUCGAUGAAAAUGCGUACAAAUGAACUGAAAGAGACCACCCGUCUUUCUCAGGAAGAGCAUGCUAUGGUAAGCGAUCAAAAUACAAAGCUUUCACAGAUUGUGAAAAAAUUAUCGGAAGAAAACAAAAAACUUACCAAGGAUUUAACGAACCUUCACCAGAAAUCCAUCUUGAGAGCAGACAAGGAGACAGGAAUCGAACUACUCAUCACCAAGGAUUUUGAGGUUCAAGUAUGUUUACCGGAAAAAAUGGAAAAGGAAUGCCAAGUCGAAUCAUCUUUUUUUCUUAUUGAUCCGGAUUCACAGUCAAUGCAUAAUUUAUGUCAUACUUUGGAAAGAAAAACCCAGGAGUGUGAUGCCUUUCGAGCACAAUUUGAGGAUUUAAAGAUUUUGCAGGAGGACACACUUCUCACGCUAGACACCACGAAGAAGCGUCUGGUGGACGAAAUUGAACGACGCAAAAUGAUUACUAACGAUGCAGAAAAAUUAUCUAUUCAGGUACAAUCGAUGCAACAAAGGAACAGUUUUCAGGCAGCGACCGAGCGAGACCUUCUUGAAAAAAACAAUAUUCUGGAGGAUCAAAAGCAUCAGCUCCGCUCUGAUAUCGUGCGCUUGGAGCACGAGCAUGGGACCUGGGAGAAGCUGCUUAAGCAGUAUGAAAAGGAUAUGAACGAGUUGAUUUCUAACAAAAAUUAUUCAAACCAACGACUUAGUCUUUUAGCAAAUGAAAAUGAAAACCUUCAAGCAGAAAUUCAGAGUUUGCUAGCGCGUGAAUCUCAACUGGCUUUCUCGCUUAAAGCCAAAGAUGGAGAGCUUCAAGAGGUACUUAUAGCAUAUCAGAACUCUGUUAAGGAAAAUGAAUCAAUUUUAGGGAACCAACAAUUCUUGGAGAGAGAAUUAGAUAGCGCUAGAGCAACUUUGGCCUCAAAGGAGGAGGGCAUCAUGUAUUUACAAGAGCAACUUAAUGCCUUGCAUCGGCGAGAGCAGCAGCUUGUACUUGAUCUCCAAGCAUUUGAAUAUGAAAAUGACCAACUCCACCGUAAGAUUCUUCAUAAUGAUGCUCUUUUAGGGAAACUGGAGAACAAGUGUCAAGAACAUCAACAACUUAUUCAUGCAAAAGACCUCACGAUCGAGGAACUCCAUCAAAGUUUAGCCGAGAUUAGCAAGCAAAUUGUUAUCAAGGAAAAUGAAUGUCUUCUUCUACGACGCCAAUGUGAAUCAUUCGAGUCUGAUGUUAUACGAUUACAAACAGUUGUUACAACAGAAGCCCAAAGGAAUCAAAAAAUUGAAGAGUCUAAUGCACGCCUGGUUGCGCGUGAUGUUCUUUCUUCCUCCAAUUACUAUAAUGACCUAUCUAACCAGGUUACCCUUCUUAAGCAAGAGCUUGAUCUAAGAAAUAAGGAGCUUGAGAAUUUGAAGGAAAUUCUUCGAAUAGAAUCCGAAGCUAGACAAGGGCUUGUAAAAGAAUUGCAGAUAACCAAAAGUAAUCUUUCAGAUAUCUCUGAAUCGAAGGAAAGACUAGAACGCAUUGUUUUGGAUCAGGCUAACACACUUAGUAUGCUUUCCAAGUAG